AUGUCCAAUAUCCUGAAAUUUCUGUCUACGGCGCCAGAUAUUGGACUCAUGAACCUCUUAGCCGGUCGUUUCAAUUUUCUAGAAUUUUCUAUCUACGACAUGCAUUGGCCCUUGGUUCGAGAGCUUGCCAACCUAGCCAGACAGACGGCACAAAGAGCGAAUAAGAGCCCUACCAAUGGUAUUGGUUAUGCAAAUUUGUUUUCCUUCUGUCUGAUUGACCUGUCUCUCAAUGGCGACAUUCUCAACAAUCCAAACCUUGAUGAUGAUGGAGAAUGGGGCACUCUCAUGUGGUGGCCAGGUGCCGACCUUAGGUCAGACGUGGUGUGA